UUCCCUGGCCUCUUAAGGUAAGCUUAUGCUAGCUGGCUGCAAAAUCCGGGCGGCCACGGAAUGGCGCCCACCAAAACCUAGAAAACUCUGCUUACUGCCACCUGGUGCGGCGUCCGGAUGUUUGUCUCCGAGGAAGGAGCCGAGGGAGAGGGUGAAGAGGGAGAGACUGGAUCCAGGCCCCACUUCAGGCUGUCGUUCGAAGGAGCCGAGGGGGAUCGCGAGAGAAAGUUUCGCAGCCUAGGGCGCACGCGCAAAAGAAGAACCCGAGGCCCGGCGUUGGCCCCGGAGCAAAGAUGAAGCGAAGCACGGCCGGCGGGGGAGAGGAGGCGGAAGUGCGCGCCGCUUCCUCCUGAUUGGGUGAGAGCAGGAGGCGGGGCAAAGCCGCUGAGGUUCCGAAGGGGGGGUGAGCCCCGCGCGUCUUGCCAGUUGCAUGAUGGCGGACUUUAAUCCCUCCCCACUCAAACACUUCGUAUUGGCUAAGAAGAAGAUUACUGCCAUUUUUGAAGAACUACUGAAUUAUGUUACCGAAGGAGCAAACUUUGUUGAAGAAACCUACAAAAACUCAGAGCUUGAAUGUAUAGCUACCAUGGACGAACUUACAGAAAUAGAGGCAUAUAAAAACAAGCUGGCCAUAAUUGGGGAAGUAUUAGCACGGCGGCAUAUGAAAGUAGCAUUUUUUGGCAGAACCAGCAGUGGGAAGAGUUCUGUGAUCAAUGCCAUGCUAUGGGACAAAGUGCUGCCAAGUGGCAUUGGGCACACCACUAACUGCUUCCUCAGUGUAGAAGGAACCGAUGGUGAUAAAGCUUACCUGAUGACUGAAGGCUCAGAUGAAAAAAAGAGUGUUAAGACAGUUAAUCAACUUGCCCAUGCGCUCCAUAUGGAUAAAGACUUAGAAGCUGGUUGCUUAGUUCAUGUCUUUUGGCCUAAAACCAAAUGUGCCCUCCUGAGAGACGACUUGGUCUUAGUGGACAGUCCGGGCACUGAUGUCACCACAGAGCUUGACAGCUGGAUUGACAAAUUCUGCCUGGAUGCUGAUGUUUUCGUUUUAGUUGCUAAUUCGGAGUCAACCCUCAUGAAUACAGAGAAACAGUUUUUCCACAAAGUGAACGAAAAACUUUCUAAACCAAACAUUUUCAUCCUGAAUAACCGCUGGGAUGCUUCUGCAUCAGAACCUGAAUACAUGGAGGAUGUACGCAAACAGCACAUGGAGCGUUGCCUGACUUUCUUGGUGGAUGAGCUUAGAGUUGUGGAUCAUUCUGAAGCCCAAAAUCGAAUUUUCUUUGUUUCAGCCAAGGAAGUCCUCAGUGCAAGGAAACACAAAGCUCAGGGCAUGCCUGAGGGAGGUGGUGCAAUCGCCGAGGGGUUUCAGACACGGUUCCAAGAAUUUCAGCAUUUUGAGAAAAUAUUUGAGGAGUGUAUCUCGCAGUCAGCUGUGAAAACCAAGUUUGAGCAGCACACUAUCAGAGCUAAACAGAUCCUUGAGACUGUGAAAAGCAUUAUGGACAACAUAAAUGUGGCAGCAGCCCACCAAAGAGUCCAUACGAUGGAAGAAAGAGAGGAGCAGAAAGACAGGUUGGAAUUUGUACAAAACCAGCUCAACCUAUUAACAGACGAGAUUAAGAAAAAAAUCAAAGAAGUUACAGAAGAAGUUGCCAACAAGGUGUCUUCUGCCAUGACUGAUGAAAUUUGUCGGCUUUCUGUUUUGGUAGAUGAGUUUAAUUCUGAUUUCCAUCCAUCCCCACAAGUUUUGAAACUGUAUAAAAGUGAACUCAACAAGCACCUAGAGGAAGGAUUGGGAAGGAAUCUGGCCGACCGUUGCUCCAGUGAAGUCAACAACUCUAUGCAUCAAUCCCAACAAGAAAUGAUUGAAAAUCUGCAACCUCUCUUGCCUUCAGAAGUCCAGAACAAGCUCCACUUGCUCAUUCCAUGCAGGCAAUUUGACCUGAGCUACGAUUUGAACUGCCACAGCCUCUGCUCAGAUUUUCAAGAGGAUAUCACAUUUCGGUUCUCCCUGGGCUGGACGUCUCUUGUGAGUCGCUUCCUAGGACCUCAACAUGCUCACCGGGUUCUGCUCAGCAUGGCAGAACCAGCUCUGGCAAUCCCUAGAUCUCUUGCCUCCACUCCUUGCACCACUAGUGCUCCCACUCUAACCUCAGAGACUGCAUCACAGGAGGAGCUCAUGAUUUCCUUGGUCACCAAUCUGGCAUCACUGACAUCUCGGACUUCCAUGACGGUUGUCAUCCUUGGUGGUCUGAUUUGGAGAACUGUUGGCUGGAAGAUCAUCUCUCUUUCCAUGAGUAUGUAUGGGCUGCUGUAUCUCUAUGAGAGGCUUACUUGGACAAUGAAAGCCAAAGAACGAGCUUUCAAGCAGCAGUUUGUCAACUAUGCUACAGAAAAACUACAACUGAUCAUCAACCUUACCAGUGCAAACUGUAGCCAUCAGGUGCAACAGGAAAUGGCUACCACGUUUGCUCGCCUCUGCCAGCAGGUUGAUAUCACAGAGAAAAACCUGGAGAAGGAGAUUGAACAAUUGUCCAAAACAAUUACUCAGCUAGAAAAAAUCCAGAACAGCUCAAAGGAUUUACGGAAGAAAGCUGUUUAUCUGGAAGAUGAAUUUGACUGUUUUUCAAAGGAUUUUCUCCAGAAAAAGAAGAGUUUAAAAGAUUAGCAGUUUCCCUCUCCUUUAAGUCACAUGAAUUUUUCCUGCUCCUUUGACUACUUCUCCAUUGCUACCUGGCUAUGAAUUGUGCCUAAGAACUCAGGAAGGAAGCAGUAUUUACUAGUGAUUGAAUCAUUUUGCAACUUUUCAUAAGAGAACUAAUUUGUAUUUACUGUUGCAUAUGAAAUUUAUUUGGGAAUGUAAAAAGAAAAGUAUAUUAAAUAAACCAAGACACCUAUAGUAUUUUGUAUUAAUGUUUACCCCAAGAGUUACCUCUUCUGACAUCCAGGAGAAGUUUCCCACCCGGUCCUGUAGCAUACUGCUGCUAACCGCAAUUCUCUGUGGGAGUGAGCAGCCGUGGUUUUUUUUUCCCCGAAGACUCUUGUUACACAGCAGUAAUACAGAACACUAUCCAUUUUUGAAACAGAUUUGUGGUGUUUGGAUGCGGAGACAAUCAGUUUUCUUGAUGCCAUUCUAGGUUUUUCGUUUGGCUGAAAGAGAAAUUAAACUUUCCGACGUUGCGUUGCCUA